AUGAAUCUCACUACCCUUCCCACCGAGCUUAUCAUCCAUACCUGUGACUACCUGGAAGUAGCUGACUGGUGUGCCGUUCGGCUUACCUGCAAGACACUCUUCCUUCGUACGUGGGAAGCCUUCGCGGACUCUAACUUCCAGACCGUUUGUGUUCUGAUCACAAGUCAGAGUCUGAGCCGCUUGGCGGCCGUGGCUGCCGAUGAGAAUCUUCGCACACGAGUGAGAAAUCUCUGGAUCGUCCCCACCCUCUUCGAAGGAUCGCUGGAGAAAAACCAUGGUCUACCGCGAAAUGAAAUGCGACCACUACGGGAGAAUUGUUUCGCUGCGAGUUGUUACGCGGAGGGAUCCUGGAGUGACACUGAGCUCUCUAACCGUUUCACCGCUUACCAAUCGAUUGUUGCGGAUCACUGUCACGUAUUGAGCACAGGCACCUUUGCAAGCACUAUUCGUGAGUUGCUCGCCUGCUUCAACAAUCUGGACGGUAUCGGGCUAAGGUCCUGUCCCACAAGGCUCUUACUCGAUUCGACCCAGCCAGCGAAUUUCCCCUGUUUCGGGGUACGCCAGCUUCGGCAGCAGCUGCCCUGCCGCAGUGCGACUGCUUCCCCUGCGUACCUGUGGCAGGAGAAGAAAAGAAUGGGUGAUAGACAUGCGAGUGUUUUCUCUGCCGUGGUAAGCGCAAUCAUCUCCGAACAGCGAAAGCUGCAGAGACUCGAGACGUGCGAUGAUCAUCACUGCGGCGUGGCAGCACAGGAGCUGACAAUCCUGAGGACGGAGACGACAACACCAGAGUACAAGCGAUUCUUAGCCCUCUUACAGAAUCUUGAAAGCCUCCACUUGUGCCUCUCUGGCACAAACAAGUCGUUUACCUACUGUUAUAAGGAAGAUUGUCUGCGGAAUGCGGUAGAGAUGGUGGCCGCCGCCCCCAGCUUGCGGACACUUACCUUGUCGCCCUGCUACAACCCUGGCGAGCGCCUGCCGACUCAGGUGUUCUCCCAGCUCGCACCCCGCGUCCACUUCACACGGCUGACGGAGCUGGACUUGCACGGCGUUGAUACUACCCACGGUGACCUGCAAGCGUUCCUGCGGUCCGCUGCCACUACCUUGCAGCGUCUUACCUUAUCUUCGGUAAAUCUAGUCGAACCUAUCACCCCCGCCUCACCUUGUCAUCCCGAACCCCACUCUGCCGAGAAGCACCAGUGGAUCCUUGAUUGCAGGGCAGAGAUCGUGCGCCGGUGGCGGGCAGUCUGGGUCAGCCUCCACGACGAGAUGGCCUCGCUUCGGUACUUGUGCAUGCGGGACUUGUUGUUCCAUGGCCAUAGAGUCGAGGUGAGCGAUCCCGCAUGCACGCUGAGCGGGACGGCACCCCAGACAUUGCCUUUGAGGUGCAGACAAACACGGACAUCGGCGCAGAGAUGCCCUGCGAGCCCUGUCGUCUUCGAGGCUGACAACGCGCAAAUCACGCUGAGCGAAUGGAUACGCCAGUUGAAGGUUGACCCGGCCCAGCGAAUGAGCAAACUGAUGUUCCAAAGGAUUCUUCCGGCUGCCCUGGCGGCGGGAGGAGCGGCCCUCGCGGUCAAUUCCUUCUGGCUCGAUAGCCUGUUUCCGGCCGGCGGGUCCGGGUGGAUGGAGUGA